GUGAUAAUUUUGUGCUUUCAGUUUUAUCUUUUAAAGAGGGUUAAUUAGAAAUAGGUGUUGUAUUUUUCCUGGAUUUGUUGAUUUAGUAUUGUGCUGUUUAACAAAUUAUUGCGAAUUUUAACGAUGAUAUGAUUUUGGCUGUCAUGAGAGGAGUCGAAGACAACCUUGAUUAUAAACAGCUGAUUUAAAAAAUGCUUCGUCAUGCUGUAUCAUGCUCUUGCCCUUGGGAGAAUGAACGCUCGUGCAACCUUCAACGUGUGGACGUGACUUUAGUCCCGACUUUCAUAUAUACUCGUGUGGCACAUGCCCAACGAAAGCGCCCACCCUCUUCACGCCGCUUCUCUCUGUGGUAUGGGCUACUUCAGCGCUACCGGCUUCUAUUGGUCGGAAGCUACCGGCUAGGAAAUCUUUAAACUUGUCGUCGUGGGUGGAGGAGCUGGCGGAUGCUCGGUAGCGGCUAAAUUCGCAUCAGUUCUUCCGAAAAACAAUGUGGCUAUCAUCGAGCCUAGUGAUACUCAUUACUAUCAACCAAUGUGGACUAUGAUUGGAGGGGGAAUGAAAAAACUUGAACAAUCUGGUCGACCAAUGAGCCAAGUGCUGCCAAAAAAUGCUCACUGGAUCAAAGAACGAGCCAGUCAAUUUUUCCCGGAAGAAAAUCGUUUGGUGACAGCUUCUGGAGAAGAAAUCAAAUACGAAUACCUUGUCGUGGCUAUGGGAUUGCAACUUGACUAUAAUAAGAUCAAAGGAUUGCCGGAAGCUUUCAAUACCCCGGGCGUCUGUUCAAAUUAUUCGCCCAAGUACGUUGAAAAAACGCUGGAAUCCUUAAAAAACUUUAAAGGAGGAAAUGCUAUUUUCACUUUUCCAAACACCCCAAUCAAGUGCGCCGGUGCGCCUCAGAAAGCCAUGUACAUUUCGGAAGAAUACCUUCGAAAACACAACAAAAGAGACAAGGCUAAUGUGAUAUUCAACACUUCGCUGGGCGUUCUCUUUGGAGUCAAGAAAUAUGCGGACGCGCUAGAAAAAGUUGUGCGUGAGAGGAAUAUUGCCGUAAAUUUCCGACAUGAACUUAUAGAAGUUAAACCGGAUACCAAAGAAGCGGUUUUCAGGUUACUAGACGAUCCGGCGGGAAAUACGAAAACCUUCAAAUACGAAAUGCUUCACGUCACGCCGCCUAUGAGUGCGCCGGAUUUGCUGAAAGCCAACAAGAAAUUGACCAACGAAGCUGGAUAUUUGGAAGUCGAUAAAAGUACGCUGCAACACAUUCGUUUCCCCAAUAUCUUUGGAAUCGGUGACUGUACAAAUCUACCCACUUCCAAGACAAUGGCUGCCAUUGCUGGGCAGAAUAAAAUUGUAUACGACAAUUUGAAACUUCAGAUGGAAGGGAAAAAGCCAUCUCAAAAGUAUGAUGGCUACACUUCCUGUCCAUUGGUGACGGGUUAUUCCAAAUGCAUUUUGGCAGAAUUCGAUUACGACGGUCAACCGCUAGAGACGCUUCCCAUCAAUCAAGCUAAAGAGCGGAACACAUCGUUUUUCAUGAAGAAGGAAAUUAUGCCAGUCUUGUAUUGGAAACUAAUGCUAAAUGGUUGGUGGAAUGGGCCUGGCGUAAUUAGGAAGAUUCUCCAUUUGGGCACAGGCCGUUGAUCGACAUCGACUCACGGAAGAGAUUGAAGAAAAUCAGUGCAAAAAAUAAUAUCGCCGCUAUCAUGACAAAAAAAAAUUUGUAUUUUUUUAAAUGUACAGUCCGGUGAAUUUUUAUAUUGCACAAGGUUGCAGGCAAAAAAUCGAAUUCCAAUUAAUUUCGAUGUUCGUGAUAAAAACAAACAGAAUAGUUCAUAAUCAAAUAAACACGCAUCCCACAUA